UAACAACCGAGAGCCGAAGUUCUCGAGAUCCCGAAUCCACUAAAAUAAAUAGCCGCUAAACUCUCCAACCUAAUACCUCUACUUGCACCAUGACCACCAUCACCAGUACUAGACUCUCCACCCACGCUCCCAAGCGUUCCCUUUGCUUCCUCACCAGCUUCUUCGCCCUCCUAUUACUGGUCCAAAUGCAAGCCAUCAACUUCCCUCUUUCCUUCUCCCUGUCUUCCUCCUCCUCCCUCUGGCCUAUCUUCCACCAGAACAAACUCGAGCUCCAUCGCACCCGGUCCAUGCUCCAAGACUCGGUCACCUUCCUUCCACUCAAAGACCUAAGGUUCGCGAAGGAGCCUAUGUCAGGCAACACCUGGUUCAUGAGCUCCAUUGAUGACACCCAUGAGGAUGGCGAGGCCCAGCACCUCUACUUCCCUUCCAGUGCAUCAAAGGGAAGGCUGCUGUGCCUCUUUGGCAACCACACUGGCGAUGGUGCCAAGAAUUCCUACGCCCUGGCCUGGCCCGAAGCCCUUCCACACAAUGCUACUCUCCUUGGGGGGCUCACAUUCAUGUCCGACACCUACUACGAUUAUCAUAACAUCUGGCAUGGACUGACGGCUAUAAGUCCAUUCGUUGCAUGGCACCUGAGGAAGGAGUGUGUGGCACCGGCGAGAUGGGUGCUGUUCCAUUGGGGGGAGCUGAGGACCAGAAUGAGCCCAUGGCUCCAAACAUUGGUGGAAGCCUCGAUUGGGAAGGUGACGAUCGAAAACUUCGAAAAUGGCGGUCGCGGACCGGCGUGCUUCGAAAAGGUGGUGGUGUUCAGGCACAGCCAAGGCGCCAUGGGGAAGAAGAGGAAGGAGGAGGUUUAUGACUUGAUGAGGUGCAAGACGAGAUCUUAUUGUAACAUCAGUCGAGAGAUUGGUGAUCCGAAGGCUAUUCGAUUGACGCUGUUGCUUAGAGAUGGAUCACGAUCGUUCAAGGAUGAGCCGGCAGUGAUUAGGAUCUUUGACAGGGAGUGCGGGAAGGUGGAUGGAUGUAGAUUUAAGGUUGCAAGGUCCAAUAACUUGACGUUCUGUGAUCAGGUGAAGCUACUGAGCGACACGGAUAUAUUGCUUUCUGCACAUGGAGCUCAGAUGGCGAACUUGUUCUUCAUGGACAAGAAUAGCAGCAUAAUGGAAUUCUAUCCGAAGGGAUGGCGGGAGCUGGCCGGUGCAGGGCAGUACGUCUUCCGGUGGCUCGCCGAGUGGGCGAGGAUGAGACACCAGGGAUCAUGGUGGGAUCCGAAGGGCCAGCCGUGCACCCACAGUGAUAGGGGCAGUUGCCUCUCUCACUACAAGGAUGCCCAACUUGGGCAUGAUGAGGCAUACUUUGCCAAUUGGACUGCCAAAGUUCUCAAUGAGGUGAAGGAAUACAAGUUGACAGGGGCAUCAAAGAACAGCAGCCCCCCACAGCCUAGAUCAAGGCCCUGUCCAUGUGGCUAAGCCAACCAGAUCAUUUUUCAAUCUCUUUCCCUUCCUAUUUUAUAUAUCAAAAUCUUGCCAGCUCCAAGCCAUUCCUCAACAUGUAGAAUAUUAUUUGGGGGUAAAUAAGAUGUAUUUAUCUAUGCCAACUAUUCGAACAGAUAAGCAAGAAUCAUUUCUGAAUUACUCACAAUUUACUUGAAA